AUGAAUCCAUAAGAAAUCAGUUAAAAUGAAACCUUGUUCAAUAAAUAUUUUUCAAUCAGUGAGAAUAAAUAGCAAUCUUCUAAUGAAAAUCUGACUGAAACAUAAAUUAGUAACAGCUCUUUUGGUUAAAUCUUAGAUUAUGAACCCAUUUUUUAAGAAAUACAGAUUAUUUCCUAAACUUUUUACCAUUUACAGGCCGUUAUAAAUUAUAAAAGUACUUUAAUAGACCCUCAUGCCAAUUUUAUUAACUCUAUAUUACACUUUGCCAAAGCAAGAAAAACGUUUUAAAUGAUAAACAAUACUUAUGGCUAGAUAAUAAGUUUAGCUAACAUAGGUUAUUUUUAGCUCUAGUAGGAUUUCAAUGUAUAUAAGAUCAUAAAAUAGGAGAAGUAUAACCAUGUUAUAGAAUCGUUUGAUUUUGCUUUGCAAUUCUCUUUAUGUGAAAUAGGUCUAAGUAAUUUCAAUGAGUUCAAGACUAAAUUUUACGAAGGUUAGAUCAAAAUUAAUGACUAUCAAGAUUAUCUUAUCUUAAAUAGCAUCAACUUAAUUACAAUUCUAAAAUGUAGGAUAAUGAAAAUGACAGCAUUCAACAUGGCAGAUAAUUUUCCUUUUUAAAAUGUUAAUAAAGAGUAUGAAAACAGCCAAACUGCAUUAAGUUAACAAAGUUAUAUUUAGCUUUUAUAGCAAGCAGUUUAAUAGCUCUAAUUUAUAGAAACAGUAAUUAUAAAAUUAAGAAAAUACUCUGAAAUAGAUUCAUAAAGUACAGAAUAGGAUUUGAUUAUACUGAAGUUCGAUAUUUUAGAAAUGUAAAUAAUGCUAAGCAAUCAAUCAAGUGUAAUUCAAAAUAUAUUUGCUGCCUUUGAUAAUAAGCAUUCUGAGAUUUUAGAAAAUAUGCUCUAAAUAAAUGAAAUGGUUAAUUUCAAGAAUAUAUUCUUACUAAAUGAAUCAAAAUAUGAAGAUUCAGUCCCCUUAGAAACAUAUAAUAGGGUUUUAAAGUCUAGUUAGUUUAAAGAAAAUUUUAUUAUUCAUAAAAUUAUGAUCUGA